AUGAAGGUGCUGGUUGAAGCAGCUAUGUCUACUCUGCCUGGUCAUGAUCAUCCGUCCAGUUCCACAGCCUCUUCGGGCUGCAAAGGGGAUACAGAUUCAGCAGCAAAAGUAGGAAAGUCAACAACAAGGACAGGUCCUAGCUAUGUAUAUUACCGUCUAUACACCAAACUCGGUGCAUUCGAAUCAAAUCGCCCCAUCUACCACAACGACCGUUUCAUUGGUCGCAUUCCAACGAAGUCUUUUGCCCCUCCUCAUACCGUCGCGUCUAUCAAGCUGUCCUUGUGCGGACUUGAGGACCUUUCGGAGCCCGACAAGGCGCUUCUCUUCACACCGCUCUCAAGCCCAGCACCCAAAGAAGACUCUGCCCGCCUCUCUUUGUACGCUCCUUCUGGGCCAGGCCUGAACGAACAAGAUCCAAUCGUGUUGGUUGUCGAGUCGGAGAAGAGGUCCGAGGAGGUCUCGCAGCCGGAAAAACUUCCGGAACGCUCUGAUGAUACCGAGAUCCAUUACGGCUACAAAACAAUUGAUACCGCCUGGCUAUCAGGCGAAAAACAUGAGAUCGUUUACACAGAUGGAGUUAUCGUCUCUAUGGGGUUGGCCGCUGACAAAACGCUUUAUUCAGGAUACAUGGCGAUUAAUUCCAAGGGUGAAAAAGGCUUUGUGCGGAGCAACGGCAAAGGGGGUACAGAUUCAGCAUCUAAAGAUGGAAAGUCAACGAAAAGGACAGGUCCUACCUAUGUAUAUUACCGUCUAUACACCAAACUCGGUGCAUUUGAAUCAAAUCACACCCUCUACCAGAACGACCGUUUCAUUGGCCGCAUUCCGUCGAAGUUGUUUGCCCCUCCUCAUACUGUGGCGUCUAUCAAGCGGUCCCUCUGCAAACUUGAGGGCCUUUUGGACCCCGACAAGGCACUUGUUUUCGCACCGCUCUCAAGCCCAGCACCCAAAGAAGACUCUACCCGCCUUUCUUUGAACGCUCUUUCUGGACCAGGCCUGUCCGAACUAGAUCCGAUCGCGCUGGUUGUGGAGUCGGAGAAGCGGACCAAGGAGGCCUCGCAAUCGGAGACCCAGCUGCCGGAAUGCUCUGAUAAUACUGACAUCCACUACGUAUACUAUCGUGUUUACCUAUCAGAAAGCGAAGGAGAAGCAAAGGCAAAGACAUCCUUUGACGAAAGCGAUAUUUCGUUAGGACGCAUCAACACCCUCUCCAUCGCUCCCCCUCACACCGCUGGGUCUUUGAAAGCACGCAUCGCAAAAGUUGAAGGCCUUGUCACGCCGGGUCAUGCACUCUACAAGGAUAUGGAACUCUUCCAAGACACGGAUAGUGAUGCUGCCAUGAACGACACCGACAUCAUUUCCUUCCAAGGUGACGAUUAUCCGGGCAGUGAUAAACGCGAUCACGUAGCCCUUGUCAAUGCAACCACCAAUACAGCAGCGGAUCAAAAGGCUAAGCCUACACCAAAAUUCAAAUUUUACGAAACGCGCUCAAUUAACUCAUGGUGGCGACUACAAAGCAAAGGAUUCCGCCUGGCUAUCAAUAACCAAAGAUGAGAUCGUUUACACGGAUGGAGUUACAGGAUACAUGGCGAUUAAUUCCAAGGGUGAAAAAGGCUUUGUGAUGUCGAGUAAGUUGUCUCGUCCCUCUGUCGGAGUAUUUGAUAUCCACCGCCACGACCUUCUCUUCCUCACGAUACCCAACAGCCCUCU